AUGUUUGUUCCAGAUGUAAACAUUUUGCCUCCUGAGCCUGCUGUUCGGAAAAAACUUUAUCACGGUCAACAAGGAUGCCGACAUGUCUUGGGGUCGUUUAAAACCGGAAAUAUUCAGCGUCAUCAUGGAGCACCUUUCCAUGGUGAACCGGUAAUUGAUGGCACACCCUUCAAUCCUUCGGCCGACACACAGAUUCUCGACUCGGACAGCGAGACGGUCGCAAUGAUUAAGGAGCUCAUUGACUCUAGCAUUCGCCCAUCCAUUCAAGAAGAUGGUGGCGACUUGGAAUACCGCGGAUUUGACGAGCAGACGGGCACAGUAUACUUAAAGCUUAGAGGCUCAUGCCGUACAUGCGCAUCCUCGGAAAUCACACUCAAAUCGGGAAUUCAGCAAAUGCUGAUGCACUACAUUCCCGAGGUGAAAAAUGUUGAACAGCAAAUUGACCCAGAAGAAGAAGUCGCUAUUGAAGAGUUCGAGAAAUUUGAAAAGAAACUGCGAGAGCAAAAGAAGCAGCCCGAGAAAGAAAACAAGGAAAAAGAGAAAACAAAAUAG